UCUUUUGGAUUAUUGUUUUUGUUGUUUCUGUUGUUAUUGUAUAUGAUUCAUCUUCGAAAAACUCGCUGACGUCUCUACUUAUAAUCUAUCAGAUAAUGUUUCUCUCUUAAAUAGCCUCGGUUUUAUGUUGCAUUAAAACGCAUGCAGUGGUUUUUUGAUUAAAUGCUGAAUAUACAUAAUCGGCUAGUUUAUAUUUCCAAUAUAUAAUAUAUUAUAUAUAUUUCAAUGUAGACCGAUUACAAAUACCAGCGCAAAUGUUUGCUGCUUCAAAGAAAAUAAAUAAAAAUUCUGCUUCGAAAAAAUGAUAACAAAGAAAUCUAUCAGAAUGUUCCAUGUAGUGGAUGUAGUUUAAUGAACUAAAAUAUAGAAAAUCGCAAAAUAAAAUAGAAAAUGAAAAGUGAAAUGAACAUUAUGGAGGGCGAGGAAAAAAGGCCAGUGCCGAUGCCUCGUCGCUUUAUACCAGAACCACGCAAAAAUGAAUACGAAAAUGUAACCAUUGAUAUAAUUGAUAAAAAUUUAAACAUCAACUCGGAUAACAUUCAAGCCAUUGGUGUUAUCGAUAAAUGUCCUAACAACAAAGUCUUCCAUGUGCCAGAUUCCAAUACAACAGAAAUUCCUCAAGACACCUCAAUUGAAAUAAAUAAUUUCAAUGAAAAGGAAGAUGAAAAUCAAAAUAUUCCAGAGCCUGUCAAGCAACCACAAAUAAUCGAGUCAACAACACCCAUUCCAGCCCCGCGCAAAUCCCAAAGCAGUGAAAACGAUAUAGUUACCAAUGAGGCAUAUGAAAAUGUUCCUCCGUUUCCACAUCAUCGGCCGACAGGAGCUACUAGCAAAGAAACGCCGGUAAAACGUAGAGCUCCAGAUAUACCGCCAAAAACUUAUUUAGAUGUUAUGAGCCCGUCUGCUCGGUAUUCGAUUGGAAGUGAGUCAAGUUUCGCAUCCGAAAUGAACGAAUCUAUUUUUGAGAUAUCAAAGAGCAUGAAGUCAUCAUCGAGUACAACGUUGAAUUCGUCAAUGGAAGACUCGGCAACUGGCAGCAGUGAAAAUUCGAAAUUCAAAUCACCACGGCCCGGGUAUGUACCACCACUUCCUCCAACACAUUCAUCAGAGUUAAGCGACAGCAGCGAUCCAAAUGAUCUACUAAAAUCCAUUGGAACAACUUCAAAACUUCUAACCGAAUCGAUAAGUGAACGUGUUGCCAUGAAAGCUAAAGGUGCCAAACACAAGUUAGACAAAAAUUUCAAAACCUCACAAGAUCUGAUCAAUAACUUGAGUGCAGAUGCUUCGUGUCGCUUAAAAAAUGUUGGCAAAAAAAUCAAUACAAUCGGAAAUAACUUUACUCUAACCAAAAAAGAUAAAAAGAAAACACCAGCUACUGCAGAAUUUGAUCCGGAACGACCACAAACUGUUCCUCCAAAUGAUCCAGUCUUCAAGUCUAUUUCUUUUAGCAGUCCCAUGAAUAAAACAAAUGGAGUUGUUGAUUUGACUACAAAUGGUGAUGUAGUUGAUGAUGGUUCCUAUGAAGUUCCUCGAAGUAUUAAGGUUCAAUCAUUGAAUGAAGACUAUCCAUGUCCGUCUUAUGAAGAUGCAAUUGGUAGUUCUGCAACACCAACCACAUUUCCAAGGAAUACGAAUUCUUCGAAAUCCUUGAUAUUACCACGAAAUUCUGCUGAACUUCCUGGUAAUUCAGAAACUUCCAAACAGCUUAGUAAUCCAAAUUUGACAAAUGAUAGCGAUAGAAGUUCAGCUGAAUUGUCAAGACCGAUGCCUAAAUUCCCGCCUCCACCACCACCUAUAUCAUCAUCAUCUUCUAGCCAUUCAAAAGAUGAAGUAAUAUAUGGCAAGCUUAAACCAAUUGCACCUCCAACAAGACAGAAGCGAAGGAAAAACUACGAAGCAAUUGAACUUCGAAGAGUUGAAGAAAUACCAUCUUCAGUACGAGCAACUGUUGAUUCAACAGAAAUUCGUAUAAGAGAAGAAGAAGAAGCCUCACGACUUGAGUCUAUAAGGCUAAAAGAAAUUAUUCGUUUAGAAGAGGCUGCCACGCCCAAGCCAGAUCGAAGUGAGUCUUGGGAGUAUCACGAAGAACAAGAAGAUGCUGAUUCUUCAUCUCCUGAGCCAUUAUAUGCUAAUCAUGAAGCUACUUAUGGGAAACUCUUCGAAAUGGAAUCAAGUUCGAAUGAUCUUUUAACUCCACAAAUGAGGAAAUUGAACAUUAGUUCUGGUAAUAGACCAUCAGUAAGUUCGUAUCGAAUGAGUCGUCAACCGGCUGCUGUUAAAGAUGUACUCAAUGAAUUUGAUCCAUUGAUGCUGAAUCAUCAAUCUUCUUCGAUUGGUGAAAGUAACAAAAGUAAUCAGCUCCUUUUGUUGGAGCAUAUGCUCCAAGAAGAAACUUAUGGUCGAAUUCCUAGUUCCCAACAAUCAGCUGAUGAACAGAGCAUUUGUACAUCAGAAGAAGACAACAGCAAUGUUGCUAGCACAUCGGCGGGUGCUGCUGGUUCUUCAGCAGAAGCAUGUUUAGCAACAAGUCCGAAAAAAGCCAAUAUCCGAACAACACCUCCAACAACUCCAACCACACCAACAUCAAAGGUGCAAAUCAUCCAUCAGAACCCUAACUUACGAUCUGACAGCAUGGAAAAUAUCGUUGAAGAGUGUGAAGUUCAAUCAUAUUUAUCUUCAGUUGAUGAGAAUGAACCAUCAACAACAGUUCCUGAUUUGGCGCGUCCUUCUCAAAAACAAACAAACUGGUUUGUCAAUGAUGAAAAGUCCUCACCCAAGAUGCGAGAAAAUCCUUUCGAUAAACUUCAACAUUUCGAUGGUGAAAGUCCACCAACUUACCUUGAAGCCAUAUCGGGCUCAGAUUCGAAAUCUUCAUCUUCAUACUCACCAGCUGAACUAAAGUCAAGAACUGCUAAAUUCUCAAAGAACAUGCUAUCAAGUAUGAAAAUUCGUGUCGAUGCUCUCAAACGAAAGACAAGUUUUCGUGCGAGUCGCUCGAUGGAUGUUAAAGUACCCAUCACUAUGAUUCCGAGACCGUCACUGUCACCAUACUUGGUUCGCUAUGAAGGUCCAUUGAUUCGUUUUCCCAGUGGUGUCGUUGAGGAUAUUCUCAAAGAAAUUCAAAAUCGUAAAGCAAUUCUUCGUGAUAAGCAAUUUCAGACUUUUUUGGAUAGUGAAAUGAAAAAUCCCAAAGAAAUUAUUCCUCUGGAGAAUAUCACAACACUACAGUGUGUCAGUAAUAGUCGGGUUACAGAUAAUUCCACACAUUUCUAUUGUUUCGAAUUGACUACAUCGAUUCCGAAAAAUCAAUCUUCCCAAAUGCAGAUGACUAAUCCAAAUGUUAUAAUGAGCAGUGGAACAUCGGGAAAUUGUAAAAUGUCCAGAGUUUGUCAUUUGUAUGGAGUUGGCAAGGAGUCAGAAAGAUCAGUUUGGAUGCAAAAAAUCAUGGAAAGCUUGACGAACGUUUUUCCAGCAAAGUAUACCUGCAAUUAUUAUCGAGCAGGAUGGUGCUAUCUGAAGAACUCAAUAACAUCCGAAUGGAGUGGAACAUGGCUGCUUUUGAAGAAGAACAAACGACACUUAAUUUUUGUAAGUGAAUCGAACACAAAUAUUGAAAAGAUGGAUCUGCGAAAAGCUAGAUGCAUAGUGUUGAAAGAAAACGAUGAGUCUAUAGAAAAUCUGCACGUAGAAAGGGGUCCGAUUCUUAUGAUCGAUUGCCCGCCAUACACCGUCUAUAUGAUUAUGACAUCCGGACGAGAAACUAAAAUAUGGCGUCAUAUUAUCCGAGAAGUCGCUCAUAAUAAUGGAUCAACAUUAAAUGAACAACAACUAACCAAAUUUGAUGUUCCUGUUUUGGUUGACAAGUGCAUAAACUUCGUCUACAUACAUGGAUCAAUGUCAGAAGGAAUCUAUCGUAAAUCAGGCUCGGAAAACUCAAUUUUAAAAUUAUUAUCUCAAUUCCGUGCUGAUGCAUUUAAUGUUGAAAUAACACGCAAUGAAUUCAAUGAGCAUGAUGUUGCUAACGCACUGAAGCGUUUCAUGCGUGACUUACCAGUUCGAUUACUGGGAAAAACGUCUGAAAGCUUUAUAGCCAUAACCGCCCUUGAUUCAGUACAAACAAAAAUUGAAUCAUAUAAAGAACUGCUAAGUCGAUUGCAUGUUAUUGAAAGGGAAACUUUGAAAAAGAUUAUUGGUCAUCUGGCAUUUAUAAAUUCUCAGAAGCAAAAGAACAAAAUGGGUGUGAAUAAUUUGGCAAUGAUUUGGGGUCCAACGCUGUUGCAAAAUGCGGUGGAAGAAAUGACUUAUUCACAGAAAGAAGCUGAUGUCAUUGUGGAUUUGGUUAAUCUUUAUAAACAUCUAUUUCCAUUUACUGAAGAUGAAAUUAAACGGGAACAAGAAAUGCUUGUGUGCCUUCAAAAGUAUUAUUCUGCAGCUGAAACUUUCACGGAUGCUGUGAAAAAGUCUGGAGAUUUGAAAAUGUGGAUAACACUUCACAACAAUUCUAAUACUACAUCUGAAACGGAGGAAAAAGACCAAGUCAACGUAACAAUAACACCAACUAAAACUGCCUAUGAAAUAUGCCAAGAAUUGGCACCGAAAAUGAAUGCCUCGACACACGAGGUUACCCUCUACGAAGUUAUUCUCAAUGGAAACUUAGAGCGACCACUUCAUCAUGAUACAAAAGUAUUCGAUGCAGUCUUGAAUUGGUCUUACUGGCCCGAAGAAGAUCGAAAGCACAACAAUUUAGUUUUAAAACCUAUCGAUAUGCUUAAAGAUGUCCAAAGAGCCGUUAAAAAUUUGGCAACUGUUACUCCUGGCAAGGAGCUUAAGUUUGCCGACAAUAAAACCAAAUCCUUAAAAUGGUAUCAUGUUGAGUUGAGAGAUGGAAAAAUUGUUAUAUUAAAAAGAGAAAAGAACGGUGCUCUAACAAUCGUCAGAGAAAUCUUUUUGCAUUCCGUUACUGCCUAUUUGGGUUGUGAAAAGAAAAGAGAUUCUCAAUGGACUUGGGCUAUAACUUUUGUCGAAAGCAAUAAGAAACAAAUUUUAAGGUCUCGCGAUUCACCAUUUAUAGGACAUGUGAUAGCAGGAAGUGAAUGGGUUGACAAGACUAUAUGGUUCUCUAGCAUUUGGUACAGUUUGUAUGGUGAAAGUAUACUGCCACCAGCUGAAAUAAUAAUGAAAUAGUUUAUUUUUUUUUUUAAAUAUUUAAUCUAAAUUAAAAAAACAAAUUUAAAACAAAAAUAAUUAUUAUCUUACUAGUUUUUGUAAGUAUUGUAAAAUUAUGUGAUACCAAAAAAAAUACGAAAAAAAAGUUUUUUUUUACUGCACAAGCGUAUUCAUUAAAAUGCAUAAAUCAAGCACUUAGCAUAAAAUCAAAUUUUAUUAUUAUUAUAAAAUAUAAAGUCUUUUUUUUUUAAAUUAAGCUUGCCCAUUAUUAUUAUAUUCAUUUCGUUGCGACACAUCUUGAUGGUAUUCUUUAU